GAAUUAUUAAAAAUGUGACGCUCUAAUAUAAUUAAGAAUAUGCAUCGAAUUGGAUAAUUCCAAAAAUAUCAGUCCUUCUAAAAAAGCCGGUGACGAUUUUAAAAUUCGUAAAAAAAUAAAAUGGCGUUUAAUAUUUCGACUCUGAAGUUUACCAUUCACAAAUGGUCAAGUUACUCGUAUAAUUAUGUACCAGAAAAUAUCUAUCUGGACAAGCCUUCAGACCAGUCAUCCAGGUGGUCUUCUGACUCCAACCAUCCUCCACAGUUUCUGGUCUUGAAACUUGAGCAACCAGCAAUAGUGGGUUCCAUAACAUUUGGAAAGUAUGAAAAGACCCAUGUCUGUAACCUAAAGAAAUUCAAAGUAUUUUGUGGGUUGUCAGAUGAUCUGAUGAUCGAGGUGUUGGAAAGCGGUUUGAAGAAUGACCAUGUUCCAGAGACAUUCAACUUAAAGAAUGAAAUAGACGGCCAUUAUUUUCCAUGUCGAUUCAUUAAAAUAGUUCCCCUGCAGACCUGGGGCUCCAGUUUCAACUUCAGUAUUUGGCAUGUGCAGCUGAAUGGAGUCGAUGAGUGGGAGGUGGUACAGCCCUGCAUGAAUUGGUUCAACACGUAUCGCGAGAAGGAGACCAUUAGAUUGUGCCUGAAGCAUUUUCGUCAGCGCCAGUAUGACGAGGCAUAUGAAGCUUUGCAGAAACGAACCCGUGUCGACCUGGAGCACCCAAUUCUUACUGAGCUGCACAAUCUGCUGGUUAGGAAGGGAAACUACGAAGCCUGUGAAGACCUGAUAACAAAAGCCUGUGAAGAGGGGAUGUUUGAUGAAUACAUCAGUGACCAGGACUACAAGCCCAAGUGGAUGCCCAUUGGACCCUUCAGUGAAAGUGGAUUGAAUGAUUCAGAUUCUUUGGACGGCCGUCCGGGCAUGCGGGGUGGUCACCAGAUGGCGCUAGACGUCCACUCUGAGACACUGUACCUGUACGGAGGAUGGGACGGAAAUCAGGACCUAGCGGACCUUUGGGCGUACCACGUGCCCUCCAAACAGUGGACGUGUCUCUGUAGGAACUCUGCUGAGGAGGGUGGUCCCAGUGCAAGGUCAUGUCACAAGAUGUGCCUGGACUAUGACAGGAAGCAGAUCUUCACACUGGGCAGAUACCUGGACUCCUCAAUGAGGACUGAAGGCAACCUCAAGAGUGAUUUCUACAUCUAUGACAUAGAGAGCUGCAAAUGGACCUUGAUAACAGAGGAUACUGCGGCUAUGGGGGGUCCCAAACUGAUAUUUGACCAUCAGAUGGUCAUAGACAUGGAGCAACAGACUCUCUAUGUGUUUGGAGGACGGGUGCUUACAUGUGCGUCAGAGGGUGACAGGAGCAGUAACCCUCAGUUCAGUGGGCUGUACAGCUACUAUGUGCCCACCAACACAUGGACAAAGCUUAUGGAUGACUGCUCUGAACUCAGAUCCAGGAUUGCUCACUCUAUGCUGUUUCAUCCGAGGAAGCGUGUAUUGUUCAUCUUUGCUGGUCAGAGAUCAAAAGAAUAUCUAAAUGACUUCCUUAUGUACUAUGUGGAUGAGCGGAAAGUAGAAGUAAUCCAGGAUGGAUCCAGUAAGGACCCUUCUCCUACUGGUCGACCAGACAAUCCCAUGUCUGGACACCUGCAUAUUAGAAAUUUCUUGAAGGAUCCAAGUAAAAGAUCCAUACCAGCUGCUGGCUUCACUCAAAGGGCAACACUUGAUCCUGACAGUGAUGAAAUACAUGUGUUAUCAGGUUUAAGUAAAGACAAAGAAAAGAGAGAUAAUGUGAAAAACUCCUUUUGGGUAUAUAAUAUUGGCAAAAAUAAAUGGUCAUGCAUUUACAAGAAUGAGAACUCUGGUCAGCAAUACUGGUCCAAGAUGCAGCAUUUAGAACCUGUGCCUCGAUUUGCGCAUCAGCUGGUCUAUGAUCAUGUUAGAAAGGUUCAUUAUUUGUUUGGAGGAAACCCGGGAAAGGAGGGUCUGCCAAAGAUGAGACUUGAUGAUUUCUGGUGCUUACAGCUGAGUAGGCCGUCUCCCACCAACCUCUUGAGGCGCUGUAAGUACCUCAUCAGGAAGUACAGGUUCCAGGAACUGGCUGCAGGAGACUCCCAGUCAGCCAUGGUGUUCUUACAGAGGGACCUGGCAGCCGUCAUCGAUCAGAAUGACGAGCAAGAGACACAAGAAUUUCAUCUGCUGGCGUCGACCUUGUUCAAAUGUGGAGAGGAGGAGGAAGACAUGUUUGAAUCUCAGUCACUCUUUUCCUUGCCAGAACCAAGUUCAUCUGCAGUGUCAUCGGAAAACUACAGAAAACGUACGGAACUGUUUGACCAACUGGUGGACUAUUUCCCUUACACUAUGACACAACCAAAGGGAAAUCUUGUGGACCUUAUACCCCUGUGCUGAACAUUUAAGUCGCGUUCUGAGAAAACUGGGCAUAAUCCAUGUGCGUAAAGUGUCAUCCCAGAUUAGCCUGUGCAGUCUGCACAGGCUAAUCAGGGACGACACUUUCCGCCUAAACUUGACUUUCGGUAAGGAGGGACUUCCUUGAAACUAAAAAUACCAUUAAAGUGGAAAGUGUCAUUCCUGAUUAGCCUGUGCGGACUGCACAGGCUAAUCUGGGACGACACUUUACGCACAUGAAUUAUGCCCAGUUUUGUUAGAACAAGACACAUUUUAUUUCAAUUUUGUUGAUCUAAAACUUCUGGGCUGAACAUGUCUGAAUCUUAAACCUUUACUGAAAAUGUAUGGUUGACCAAUGUCUGCAAGGUGCUUACAUUUGUGUUGUGGUGGUCAAUGAGUUAAUAUGUUAUUGCUGGGCUUAAAAAAGGAAAACAAGUUCAUCAGUGUAGAAAUUCAGAGCUUGCAUUUGCAUUUAACAACUGGAUAUCUGAACCUCUUUGCCUUUGAUUUUGGACAUUUUUACUCAUUAACAGGAGUAGUUAAAGGUUUUUGAAGUAACACAAGUUCUAAACUAAAAUAAUAGAUUCAAGGUUUGUUUAAUUUGAGUCCUAUAUAAAUUGGUGCAGAAAUGCAAAUUCAUUAACAGAAACAUGUACAUGUAUUUAUUUACAAAAAGGUUUUCUGCACUCUUCCAUUUUUUAACCUCAAUUACUAUAAUUAUUGUCCAGCUGGAAUUUAAAUAGCCGAAAGUUCAGAAGUCCUGCAGCCAACCCUGAAGUAAAUAACUCCCAAACUUCUGUCUAUGCAAGCCCUGUUUUAUUCUCACAUCUUUGGACCUUUCAGAUUUCGUUAUGUCAAAAUUUUUAUUAUUAUGUUCAUCUGCUAUGGUAUGCAGUGAAAUCUAAGCAGUUCAAAUCAUGUUUGUUGUGACUCUAAUUGUGUUGUUAAUGGAAUUAAAAAGUUAGGACUGAACUAUAUAAAACUGAUUAAAUAUUAAAUUCAAUCAAUAUAUGCAUUAAAUUAAGGUGUUUUUAUGGUUAAUACAAACUAAAACUUAUACAAAUUGCAGUGCAGUAAACUGUAUUAUUGUUAAUCAGUAUUAGGUCUAAUAAGUUACAAUAGUUUAGCUUCGUUCACUCUGUUGUGAUUAUGUUAUUAUGACCUCAUCUUUAUUUAUAAGCAUUUUGAUUUUAAACAGCCAACUGUAACAACAUUAAUUGUAAAAUUUUGUACUUAAGAAGUGCUACUUAUGCUUGAUUGUGAAAGUUGGCAGUUGGUGGGUCCGAGUGUUUUCAUGAAAAGUGUUAAAUCCUCCCUAGUUAUUGUUCAUGCAAACAUUACCUGAUGCCCUUUGGAAUAAUACAAUUCAAAGUCAUUGAAUACCUCAACAUGUUAUGUCCAAGAUGAUUGUCUACUAAGUGUAUUAUGUUAGCUUAACUAAAUAUGUGUUGAUACUUACAUUGCUUUUUUACUUGAUGCACGUCUUGCAUAAGAAUUCUGUGGCAUUGCUUUGCUUUUGUCUUUAUUUGCUUCAGUUUGAAGAUUGUUGUACUUGUGUUAAAUGAUGCAUCAUUCUGUUAUCAAU